CCGUAUUACAAGUGAUAUUUCUAGUAAAAACAUGUCUUUUGUUAUGGACUCCCUCAAGAAUCUGUUGCUAUCCCCUCUCCUUAAUUUCAUCCACAAAGAUUUUCAUAAGAUCUUUGAGAGAAUGACUCUCGUCGACAAAUUUUUGUUUCUGAUUGUGCAUUUCGUUGAUAAACGGAAUCUGUGGCACCGGCUACCGGUGUUCUUUGGGCUACUUUAUCUUGGAGCGCGACGGCGCCUUCAUCAGGAAUACAAUUUGCUCAACGUUGGUAGAACACCUACUGGCGUUAGAUCAAAUCCGACUGAUUACCCUUAUAGAACUGCUGAUGGAAAAUACAAUGAUCCUUUCAAUGAAGGAGCAGGCAGUGAAUUUUCUUUCUUUGGCAGGAAUAUGAUGCCUGUUGAUCAGCAUAAUAAGUUAAAGAAGCCCGAUCCAAUGGUAGUAGCAACGAAGCUGCUAGCCCGGAGAAAAUUCGUUGACACAGGAAAACAGUUUAACAUGAUUGCUGCCUCUUGGAUACAAUUUAUGGUUCACGAUUGGAUCGAUCAUUUGGAAGACACUGAACAGAUUGAGCUUAGAGCACCUAAAGAAGUUGCAAGUGAGUGCCCUCUCAAGUCCUUUAAGUUUAACAAGACCAAGGAAAUUCCCACGGGCUUUUAUGAAAUCAAAACCGGUCAUUUGAACAGUCGUACCCCGUGGUGGGACGGAAGUGUAAUUUAUGGAAGCAACACAGAGGUCUUGGAGAAAGUGAGAACAUUUAAAGACGGAAAGUUGAAACUAUCAGAAAAUGGUCUCAUCCAACAAGAUGAAAACGGGAAAAUCAUCUCUGGUGAUGUUCGCAACACUUGGGCGGGACUUCUGGCACUGCAAGCUCUCUUUGUUCAAGAGCACAAUGCUGUUUGUGACGCUUUGAAGAAAGAAUAUCCAGAAUUGGAGGACGAGGACUUGUAUCGUCAUGCAAGGCUUGUCACGUCUGCUGUCAUUGCAAAAGUUCACACAAUAGAUUGGACUGUUGAGCUUCUCAAAACCGACACCAUGCUUGCAGGAAUGCGUGCAAAUUGGUAUGGAUUACUAGGAAAGAAAUUCAAGGAUACAUUUGGUCAUGUUAACAUUGGAGGUUCCGUUUUUGGUGGUUAUGUGGGAAUGAAGAAACCUGAGAAUCAUGGAGUACCCUAUUCCUUAACUGAGGAAUUUGUAACUGUCUAUCGGAUGCAUCAACUCCUGCCCGAUACGCUUCAACUGAGAAAUAUAGAUGUCACACCUGGACCUAAUAAGUCUCUCCCGUUGACUAAUGAAAUCCCAAUGGGAGAAUUAAUUGGGGGCAAAGGAAAGGAGAAUUUAUCAAGAAUCGGGUUUACUAAGCACAUGGUUUCAAUGGGCCACCAAGCUUGUGGAGCUCUUGAUCUUUGGAAUUAUCCAGUGUGGAUGAGGGAUCUUGUUGCCCAAGACGUCGAUGGAAAUGAUAGACCAGAUCAUGUUGACCUUGCAUCCCUUGAAAUUUAUAGGGAUAGAGAAAGAAGUGUUCCUAGGUACAAUGAUUUUCGAAGAGGGAUGCUGCAAAUUCCAAUUUCUAAAUGGGAAGAUUUGACGGAUGAUGAGGAAGCUAUUAAAACGCUUCGUGAAGUUUAUGAUGAUGAUGUGGAAGAAUUGGAUCUGUUAGUGGGACUCAUGGCAGAAAAAAAGAUAAAAGGCUUUGCCAUUUCUGAAACUGCCUUUUUCAUAUUUCUCGUCAUGGCAGCCAGGAGGCUAGAGGCAGAUAGAUUUUUCACCAGCAAUUACAACGAGGAAACAUACACAAAGAAAGGAUUAGAAUGGGUGAAUACAACUGAAAGUUUGAAAGAUGUGCUGGAUCGUCAUUACCCAGAGAUGGCUGAGAAAUGGAUGAAUUCAGGCAGCGCAUUCUCUGUUUGGGACUCUUCUCCAGAACCUCAUAAUCCUAUUCCACUCUUCUUUCGCGUUCCUCAGCAGUAGAUAUCUCAUCAGUAUAUAUACUUAUCGAGACAACCACAUAUUGCAAUUUUACAGUAUUGGUGCAUGUAUAAUAAAAUUUAAAUAUGUAAAAUAGUAUGUUUAAUUAUUUUUUCCCUGAAAGUUUGUAUUUGUAAGAUACAUUGUUCUACUUUUACUUGUUUUAUUCCUGCGCCAGUUUAUGAAAUUGAUUCAGUUUAUUUUUAA